UUUCUUGGCUAUUCUGGAAUGGGGGCAUGAGUGGAAUCUGUCUCGGAGAAUUCCCAAUCGGUUGGUAGAGCGUGAUCCAAGCCCUUGGAGAAAAGCUUGGAUAAUGAGGCUCGUGAAGAAGGACAAAUUACUCUUGCCAAGCGCUUCUCCAUCCACGGCACCCCGUCCAGAGAUGCUACAAACGGACCCAGCAAGGUCAAAACUUAUAGCAAGCCUUUCGUCUCCGAUGCUUGGCGGGAAAGAUUCACCGAUACAGACGUGCACUAAGCCCUGUACCGAGAAGGUUCAUUCGCCUGCACCCAAGUCGGGCACCAAGAUAGAAAUUAUCACGCCAAAGGGACGGACACGGACUCGCAAUCAAUCAUCAUUCCCGAAAUUCGAUGCCGCACCCUUCCUUGACUCGGAGGAAAUUGCUGAAAGCCAUAGGACACCCUGCAACUGCCAGGGGCUCAGGAGUAGCCCACUCCUCGAAUGCCCCAUAGACGAAGCACGACAUCUACUAUUACAGGUUGUCAGACACAAGUCAUUUCGACCGUCCCUGGUGUUGAGACUAACGACGCCAUACGGUUUGAAGCAGUGUUGUGGCGCAGGCUUGUAGAGACCGUACCCCUGAAAUACGGCCAUGUUACACAAACGCACCAGGUAUGAGGCCAAGCCUACCAAGACUUGAGGCAACCCAGCGCCGGGAUCCAGGACCGCGCCACUGGAUGCCGUCUCACGUCUGGAGAGCAGUUGAGAUUGCUGCUGCAGCUCGUCUCAUGCAUCCAGUUUUCACUGUGCUCCAACAUGCAGGGCCGGCACCAACCCUGAUCCAAUUUCCCCCCGCUGAGGGAACAGAGUUGGUGCCCGCUGCUUGUCCGUAGGCGUGCAGGUGGAGAACAAGACCUUCCCAACCUCGAAGCAAUGGGGAACUUUCACGGG